AUGUCUUACUACGAGCAGUGCAAACAGCCCUGCCUGCCCCCUCCCAUUUGUCUGCAGAAAUGCAGCAAGUGUGUGGAGCCCUGCAAGACGGUGUGUGUGGAGCCCUGUGACAGCAUCUGUGUGAAGCCAUGUCCCACCCCAUGCGUGGAGGUCUGCACAACGCCCUGUGCCACCCAGUGCACCACGUCCUGCACCACCCAGUGCGUGGAGCCAUGUCCCAUCCAGUGCACCACCACCUGCAGCACCCAGUGUGUGGAGCCUUGUGCCACCCAGUGCACCACAUCCUGCACCACCCAGUGUGUGGAGCCAUGUCCCACCCAGUGCACCACCACCUGCGUGGAGCCCUGCAGCACCCAGUGUGUGGAGGUCUGCCCCCCUAAGUGCAUUGAUGUCUGUGUAAAGCCGUGUGCCACUCAGUGCACCACUCAGUGUGUGGAGCCUUGUGCCACCCAGUGCUGCAGCAAGUGUGUGGAGCCCUGCCCACCCCCAUGCGUGGAGGUGUGUACCACCAAGUGUGUUGAUUCAUGUGAGACGGUGUGCCUGGAGCCAUGUAGCACUGUCUGCUCUCGGCCGUGCUGAUCACCUUAACACAUGAGCCUAGCCUGCGGCCCUGGUGCUUCAGUGCAUUGCAAUAUCCAUAGGCUCACAAGCAUCCAUGGAACGAAAACCACGUUAUAGACCCAUCUGCAACAUACUGAGACUUCUCCUGAUCUGUUUACCCCAUGCUCUCUUUGUCUUGGAAAACAUUUGUCUGAAUGUUUCCACCCUUUGCUUGCUAUGAUACUUCUGCUACUGCUAUCUCAGCAACUUCUUUCUUGGUAACUGCAGUUGGCCAAUAAUUAUACUGCUGGGCAUCUUGGGAAGUUAUUUAGCAAGGUCUGUUCUGUAAACAGUUGAUGUUGGAAGAUGCUUCCCCUUCAGUUCUUUAUUUCUCAGUUUGUCUUUUAAUCUUUGUCCUCUUGUCUAUGUGCAGCAAUA